AUGUCGCUCUACUACGACGCCGUCAAGAUCCUCACAAGCCCCUCCCCGACGGGCGGCUCCUUCAAAUCCCGCAUCUACAACGCCCGCAACCUCAAAGCCAACCCGGCGCAAAUCUACGCCCUCACCAUGGAAGCCGCGAAAUGGGACACCGUCCUCAAGGAAGUAAUCGACCAUGCUGGCAUCCUGAAACUCGAGCCCAAGCUCACACCACUGCUGGCUCUCCUGCUGGUGCACGACCACCUUCUGGCGAAGAAUGGCAUCGCGGCGCCAAGCUCGCAUCCCAUCCGCCAGGCUAUCGAGCGGCAUAAGACGCGACUGAAGGGCGAAUUCAUCAAGGCGCGGGUGCGCCGCGGAUGCGCAUCGAUCGAGCAACUCAAGGACGCCGUGCAGAAGGAGAAACAGCCGCAGCGCUCGGCGGCGUUUUACCCGCGGUGGAUCCGGAUCAACAACGUGCGCACCACGGCGGAGAAACAGUUCGAGAGUACCUUCGCAUCGUAUACUCGGGUGGCUGCGCUGUCGGAGCUAGCGGUCAAGGACGAGACCAAGAGGAUCUACGUCGACGCCCAUAUCCCGGACCUGGUGGCGGUGGCUCCCGGAGUUGACUUCACGGCCACCCCGGCGUACAAGAACGGGGAGAUCAUCCUGCAGGAUAAGGCGUCUUGUUUUCCGGCGUAUUUGUUGUUCGGGGCGGGGAGUGUCUGGGAUGGUGGGGAUUUGGUAGAUGGGUGUGCUGCGCCGGGGAAUAAGACGACGCAUUUGGCAUCGCUGCUGUGCAAGGGUGAGAAGAGGAAGAGGCCAAGACAGCGAAUUAUUUCCAUGGAUGCAUCGCAGGUGCGCGCGAAGACGCUCCAGAAGAUGGUUGCGGCGGCGGGUGCGGAUCACUUCACGACGGUGCUUCCUGGACAGGACUUUUUGGCGCUGGAUCCUGAGGACGAGAGGUUUGAGAAGGUCUCUGCGUUGUUGCUGGAUCCCAGUUGUUCGGGGAGUGGGAUCAUUGGGCGAGAUGAUGUUCCGAAGUUUGUUCUUCCGGUGUCGCCGGCGGAGGAGAGGAAGAAGCAGGGGAAGAAGAGGAAACGGGGGCAGGAUGAGACCGAGGGUGCUGCGGAGGGGUCGGUGUCGAUGUCCGCUACGGAUGAGAACGAGAUGGCCAGUACGCAUUUGGACCUGGAGCGGUUGACGAAGCUGUCGAAUCUGCAAACGCGCAUUGUGGAGCAUGCGAUGUCGUUUCCGACUGCUACACGCAUUACAUACAGUACUUGUUCCAUCCAUCUCACCGAGAAUGAGUCGGUUGUUGAGCGGCUUUUGGCGUCUGAGGUGGCAAAGCGUCGUGGGUGGAGAAUUAUGCGCAGGGACGAGCAACCGGAGGGACUGAGGACAUGGAAGCACAGAGGUGUGCGGACUGAAAGCCGGAGUUCCGACGACAGCCAGACACAGGACGGUACACGGAGCGCUGAGCUCAAGGUUGACCUCUCCGAUGAAGAGCUGGAAGGCUGCUUGAGAUGUUGGCCUGGCGAUGACGAAGGGCUGGGUGGAUUCUUCGUUGCCGGAUUCAUCAGGGACGAGAGUCUAGCUGGUAAAGAGGAGAAUUCUCAACAUGGACCUGAGGACAAGGAUGAGGAUGAAGAGGAUGAAGAGGAAGACGACGAAAACGAUGAAGAUGAAUGGGCAGGCUUCUCCGACUAG